AAACAUGGCGGGCAAAAUUUGUACCGUUGAAACUUGUUUAAAAGAGGUAAUUUAAGAAAUGGAUGAAAGAAAACAAGAUUUUCCCCUCACAGUAUCAUCUCUGCAGAGAAAAACUGUAUCUGUCGAUGUUCAGAAACCAGCUAUUUCUCAAAACUCGCCAUCAAAGACAGAAAUUUUACAAGAUUUAAACGAACACUUGGCUGUUCAUGCAGAGCGAAUGCGGUUACUUAAUCGUGCUGAAGAGGGACUUGUCAGUGAUAGCUUCAGUCCAUACUCAGGUCGUCAUUCUAGUCCAGGAGAUAACAAAGAAGUAUCUUCUAAGAAUAUUAAUGAUGAUAAAGAAACAAAUACCUCAAAAAUCCCAGUGCUUUCCAAAAGACAGAAAAGAAGGGAGAAAGAAAAUCUUUCGAAGCCAACGAUGAAACCUGACCUGAUGAAAACGACAACGCUGGAGAUCCACCCCGUACAGGAGAGAGUCGCGCAAAAAGCGGACAAACCCAGUCACCCCGUACCAGAGAAAGUUGCACAGAAAGCAGACAAACAACAGUCCAGGAAAGGGGUCCCUCGAGGGAAAAAGAGUGGGGUACAGAUAAAAAACUACCGGGCGGACUAUACAUGGAACAGAGGAGGACGGUUAAAGGAACUAAGGAUUAGGCAUUUAGCAAGAAAAUUUUCCAAACUUUGGAAAAAUAAAACUUUUGGAAGAGUGCUUCCAUCUGUGGCAAGGCGACAUUAUGAGACCCAUCUGAUGAGACAGGUAUACAGGGAGUGGCAUGGAAUGUGGUGGGAGGUCAGAAAAGAAUGGAGGUUAAUGGUGCGAGCAGAAUGUCAUCACAGAUAUGUGGUUUGGAGUAAAGUGUUUGAAGCUUGGAGACUAUAUGUUCUCUAUCAGAAGGCUACUGCAGAAAAACUGGAGCUGGCCACAGCCAUUAGUAACAAAGCUAUUCUGUGCAGGAGUCUUAAACAUUGGAAGAACUUUGUUAAUAUGCAGAGAGGAAAAAAGAAAAUUAAAUCAGAGGCAGACAGUCAUUAUCACCAGGUGUUAACCAGGUUUGUGUGGAUUAAAUGGAAGGAGCAGUACAGACUCCAGCAGGAGAGACAGGAAAUGGAAGUAGUAGCUUUACAGUUCUGGGCGUACAGAAUUCAGGCACAGCACUGGUUGAUAUGGUCAGACAAACUUAAGAACAAACGCCAAAUUUACCAUAGACAUGCUCUGUCGCUCCGGCACUACCAACAGACAGUGAAGAGGAAAUGCUUUCUUGCUUGGACUCGGUAUUGGCUGCAGAAACGAGACAGGAAAAGACAGAAAGAUUAUGCAGAUAAAUACUAUGGCCAGAGCUUGAGAUAUCAGACAUUUUAUACCUGGAUGAAGCAGUACCAGCUCCAACAGUCCAUCAAAUCUCACCAACAUCACAUCGAGGUCCUGGCAGCAAGAUUCCAGAGGAGGCGUUUCUUCCAGAUCUGGAAACAUUACAUGAUGAUACAAGAAAACAAGAGAGAGAAGAUGUAUAAAGCAGAGAUUCAUUACAGGAAAAAAUUGAUGCUGUUGGGAUUUAAUGCUUUUAGACUCAAUGUGGUGCAGCUAAGGGUUAAAGAGAUGAGAAAUGAGUUAGCCAUUCAACAUUACUUUAAAACACUUUUGAACCGACACUGGCAGAUCUGGCUACAGAAAUGUGAGAACAAUGAAGAGCUACAGAUAAGCCAUCUUACCAAACAGGCACACACACAUUAUCAGAGUGUCCUCAAAAGAAAAUGCUGGAAUGCUUUGGUGUUGUAUACCAGAUAUAGAGAGCAAAGAAAAACACAGAAAGUACAGGCAGAUGCUUUCUUUUUCGUUCACUCCAUGCCAAGAUUUGUCUUCCAGUGGAGGAUUUAUGUAGAAAUGGAGAAAAUUAAGAGGGAAAAUCAGGAAAAAUAUACAAGUUUUAGAAGAGAGAAUUUGAUUGCCCGUUUCUUCUACCAGUGGUAUAAUUCCUAUGAAGAACACAGAGAAUUCAGAAUGAACUGGAGAAUGGCUGUUUUACAUCAUGAAGAUAGUAUGAGGAAACAUUUCCUGUCCAGAUGGAGAAGCCGACUACAGUCUUGUCUGCAGGAAAGGGACAAAGAGAGCCUGGCUGAGAAUCAUUACCAUUCCUCUAUAUGUAGGAAGCACCUGCUAGCCUGGGUACAGUACGUCAGGGAUCUAAGAAAAAUGGAAACAUUAGAAACAAAAGCAGUGACUCAUCAUUACAAAUCCUCACUGAAAAGAGUUCUACAAACAUGGAUUGAGUACACAAAAGAAAUUAAACAAGAGAAGUCACAAUGGCUGAGAGCCACCAAAUUUUAUCAAAUGAAGUUGUGUAAAAAAGUUGUGAGUGCUUGGAAUGCACAGAGAAUUCAAGGGAGACAAUUCCAGAUUCUGGCUGAGGAGAGAUACAGACAUAAGUGCAAUGUUUGCAAAAGGUGGGCUUUUAAGACUUGGAGAGACAAUGUUCAGGAGAAUCUGAGAGACAGACAGGAGGAUAAAGCUGCCAUUAUCCACUACAAUAGACAACUCCUACACAAGCUGUUGUUGACUUGGCAUAGAUAUGCUGCUAUUCAUGCUUACAAGAAAUCUGAGACCAGACAAUGGGUGGAAUCCACAAAACAGGCCCUAGACAGAAACAAGUUGCAAAGAUAUUUCUGGCAAUGGCAAAAAGCACGAGAUGAAAGAAUCUUACAAAAGUUCAAACAUGAACAAGCUGUCAAUCAUCAUGAUACUGUGAUCCAACAGAGGGCGCUGUUCCAAUGGAAAGAGUUCACAGUUACUGCAGUGAAGAAAAAUCUUCUAAUGAAACAGUGUGUGUGGUUUCACAACAUCAGAUUAAUGAGUAAUUUCCUGUCACUUUGGAAAUGGAGGUACCAGUUAAGACAAGAGGAGAACCAGAAAACUGACAUCGCUUUGUGGCAUUGGAGUUUGGUUCUCCAAAAGAAGAUUCUGGUCGUGUGGUUUGGCUACACUGCAGACAGGAAGAGAAAGAAAGAGCGAAUCACUCAGGCUUUGGAGAGACGACGCACUAGACAAAUACGUCAGGGUGUCACUCAGUGGAUCGCCGUGGCAACAGACCUGUCAAAUAUGAGAGCUAAAAUUGCAGCCCAGCAAAAUGCCAAGGAUGCCUUUGCCAAACAUCAGUUAGUCCAGCGUUGUGCGUUACACUGGCGAUACAUCACAGCCAAAAGGAACACAAGGGGAGAUCACUCUAACAGGAAAAAGCAGGACUUACUGCAAUUUGAGAAGAAAAAUGUAGACUAUAUUCCAAAAUUAAAACCUAAGGACUUACAAAAACAGGAAGUCAUGUGUAAACCCUUUCCAAACUUUCCACUGGAGUCCAGGUCCCCACAGAGACUACCAGACAAUGAACAGACUGUCUCAUCUGUACGAUUACCAGGAAGAAGAAAACCCCGGCAUCCUUCAUUCCUAGAAGAAUCUCUUAAAAGAGCUGGCCUAUUUUCUGAGGAAAGCAAACUUAGUCAUCCUGCCUCUAAAAUGUUAGAGGAAAGGAAACAUAUUCAUUCUGUCCGUGUGAUGUCAGAGGAGGGAAAAUCUAGUCAUCCUGCCCAUGUCCAAGCCCAUGCUAGUCUAUUUGUACCUACCUCAGACCUGCCUGGACCUGAAGAUUUAUCAAUUGUACCUCCAUGUGACAACAGCCAGAUCCCUCCACUAGACAUACAUGGAGUGGGUAGUCUUCCAUACAUUCAGGAAAACACCCACAUUUAUCAGGAACAUAUAUCUGUGCUGUCUUCUGCUGCUGAAGUAACACAACACCAUGUUCAAUUGGAUCACGUUCAAUCUAUACGGCCUAGAGCUGGAGGGGAAUUCCAGCUCUUAACUCCAGAUCAUUUUCUUUCCCAUCCAGAUUAUGUUCUUCCAACAUUUCAAAGUGAUGUUUCCCCUUUAAGUACCCCAAGAACAGUUGACUCUACAUCACUAGCUGUCAGAUCAAUGAUACAGACUAUAGAUAGUACUGCAGGCAUUCCAGAGGCCCCAAGCAGGGUAAAUGAUCAACAAACUAUCCCUUUGAGUGAACAAAUAGUCAGGAUAAGAAAUCAGCUGAAAAGUUUUGAACAACAAAAGAGAAAGCUCAGGAAGUUACAAAAACAGCACAAACAGCUAUCUUCCUGGCUUGAUGAUGAAGAGGGGACCGUCUCAGAGUCUGAAAUAAUGGAGGUGAAAGAAGAAGUGAGGGAGAUGGAGAAGGAAAUUAAAACACUACAAGCUGAGAUUGAGAGGCAAAAACCAGAAUGUGCGCAGUUAGUUGAAAAGGUCAAUCAACUCAUUCAGGUGAUGUCAGAAAGGUCAUCCAGCUCAUUCUAAUGAUGACAGAAAGGUCAAUCAACUCAUUCAAAUCUUAAUGAUGUCCAAAAGGUCAAACAACUCAUAUAAAUGAUGUUGGAAGGGUUAACCAACUCAUUUAAAUGAUGUCGGAGCAGAUUUUAUAAUGACAACCAAGCAAUGAAUGAACUGCCAGAGGAAGAUAGUUUUAGGGAUUAGUUUACAUUUAAGGAAUGAUAUUAGAUAUUUAGCUCCAAGAGAAACUCUUCUUGACCUUGAAAUUUUAUUGUUGAUUUGAGAGGUCAAAUUUGUCUUCCGUUAACAAAUAUUUUCUAA